AGUCUGCUUUGGAAAGAUUCGUUGUAUGGGAGACACACAUUUUGAGAGAAAUAGGAGAGGUUUUAAGAGACUAGGAGAGGGUUUUUGGACGGGAUCUUCUUCUAACUCAAGGGAUUUUUGAAGAAAUUUUUUAGAAAGGAUAAAUUAAAAGACGUAACAGAAAUAAUUGCAUCCAGUUCAUGCAUGAAUAUAUUUUCUGUAAGUAUAAGGACACAUUUUUAACCUUGAAACAAAAAUAGUUUGCUGUUAAGUCAUUCCCAUAAGUCACACGCUUUCACAUGUUCAGAAUUAAGAAAUCCUCAAAAAUUUAAUUCUUUUUCAGCCCCAAUGCCUCUCUUAGCCUUUCCAACAACUUCUUCAACAAACCCACCUCGUCAAGUAACAUUUGGCUGUUCUCUUUCACAGCCUACAACACCUAGAAAUGUUCAAAGAAUGUUUGGCCCAUUUGACGAUAUUCAACAACAACAACAACAUGUUGAACAUCAACAACACCAUUAA